AUGACUGGCGGUAUUUCUGUGCGCGACGUUGAUCCCGCUGCGGCGGCUGGACGGGUAGCCGUUCCGUUGGGACUAGUAGAUUUCGAGGCUGAAAAGGAAGAUUGGGAAUUGAGGAGCAGGCGCGAGGGAGUCGCAAGACUUCUGAAGACGGAAUAUGCUAAUGGGUUUCUUUGUCUCCAGGCGCAAAAGUUCAUCAACGCCUAUGCUGCGUUCUUGAAGCGUCAGGGCAAGCUGCCCAUUCCCGGUUGGGUCGAUACCGUCAAGACUGGUCCCGCCAAGGAGCUGCCCCCCCAGAACAUUGACUGGUUCUACGUCCGCGCCGCCUCUGUCGCCCGCCACGUCUACCUCCGCAAGACUGUCGGAGUCGGCCGCCUUCGCAAGGUCCACGGCACCGCCAAGAACCGCGGCGCCCGCCCCUCCAAGCACAUCGACGCCUCUGGCUCCGUCGACCGCAAGAUCCUCCAGGCCCUCGAGAAGAUUGGCGUCCUCGAGCAGGACGAGGAGAAGGGUGGCCGCCGCAUCACACAGUCUGGCCAGCGUGAUCUGGACCGUAUCGCCCAGACCACUGCCGAGGCCGACGAGGAGGAUGAGGAUGAGGAGUAA